UGAUGAUGUCAUCAGAAGGAGGAGAGCAUCCUUCAUCACACGGGGAGGCACAAGAGGAGAGGACACGGAGCAGAGAUAAAACAAAGGUGGAGAAGACUGAAGGUGUCUGAGAGGAGGACGGACAGUCAGACAGGCAGACAUACAAACAGGCAGACAGGCAGACAGACAGACUGUUGGAGGCAUUAGAGUCCGUCCUCUGGGCCUGGUACCAGAUCAGCUGAGAGGAGGGAGGAGCCAUGAUGGGCAAAGAUUACAUGUUGGCCAUCAUCAUCGUGAACUAUGACGACAACAUCUGGACUGACCAGAACCUCCUCCUGGAUCCAGACCUACCAUCUGGCUGGAGAACCAUCAAUGACUCAACAGGAACAUACUACUGGCACGUUCCCACCGGCGCCACCCAGUGGCAGCACCCUCGCCUUAUGGGGACACCACAGCCUCUUGAAAUGCAGCAGGAAGACGUGGCAGAGGAGAGUCCUGAAGCAGAGACAAACGGAGCUGAGGAGAACAGCUCUUCUUGGGACGAGGAUUAUUUUACCACCCAUGACCCUGAUGCAAAGUGUUUCGCCGUGCGCUCUCUCGGCUGGCUGCAGGUGGAGGAGGAGGACCUGUCCCCUGGUCGGAGCAGCCUUGCCGUCAGCAACGUCAUCCAGCAGCUGUCUCACUGCAGCAGCCCUGAGCAGAGAGACAGGUCGGGAGCGUGGGGGGAGGGUCAGGAGAUGAUGCUGGUUUUGAAGAAAGACACUUUGACCUUGUUGGACCCAUUAGACCACACCCCACUGCACUGUCAACCAAUUAUCAAUAUACGUGUGUGGGGGGUGGGCUGCAACAAUGGGAGGGACAGGGACUUUGCCUUUGUGGCGAGUGAUAAGGAUAGCUGUGUGCUGAAGUGCCACGUGUUUCGCUGUAAUGCUCCAGCCAAAACCAUCGCCACAGCACUCCAUGAGAUGUGUUCAAAGAUGAUGACUGAGAAGGUGCUGACGAGGCCGUCCCACUCUCUGACCAUGGACAGUAUCUCACCUGAGGACCUGCCCAGACACGUGGAGUUUCUGGAGGCAGUGCGGCAGCAGGUUCAGAAGUUUGAGGUCCAGUACAUCGGGAACCUGCCUGUGUCCAGAGCCAUGGGUAUGGAGGUGUUAAACAGAGCCAUAGAAAGCAUCAUGAACUCAACAGACCAGGAUGACUGGGAGCCCACGGUGAUCCAUGUCACAGAUAAAGUCCUGUCUCUGUGGAAAGGGGAGGACGGCGAUGAGCCUCUGUGGGAGUGUCAGGUCCGCUUUCUCACCUUCCUGGGCGUCGGCCAUGACAGUCACACCUUUGCUGUGAUCAUUGACGGCGGCACGCAGCAGUUCGAGUGUCACGUGUUUUGGUGUGAGCCGGACGCAGGAAUCCUCUCUGAGGCUGUCCAGGCUGCGUGUAUGGUAAAAUUUAAAAAAGUUUGUAAACUCAUUCAUCAGGUAGAUAAAAGCAAAAAUGGUUAA